AUGAGGUCAGGCAUUUUAUCUUUUACAGUGGUUAUUGCCGUCACUCUUUUGAUGAGAGUUCACACUUCAUGCUUUAUUGGACAUGAUCAAACAACAUUUAUGGACCGCAUAAACAAUGAUAAAAUGUUUUGGCAAUCACAGGUCUUUUCUGUUUUAUCCUGUCUUCGACAGUGUUAUCGAUUUACCGGUUGUAUGUCAUUUUUCUACAAUGAGAUCACAAAAGUGUGCAGUCUUCAAAGUAUUGUUUAUCUCUUUGAGGAACAAGCAUCUACUGAAACAGGAUCAAGGUACUUUAUACCGAUACAAAGUGGUAAUUGCCCAGUCGGUGGUGGAUUCAUGCACAAUAGGGCCUUAGAGAUAUGUUACAACUUUAAGUGUUGUAACUUCUACGAUGCAUUAGCUUUGAAGGCAGAAUGCAAUGCCUCAGACACGAAACUGAUAAAAAUCGACACUGCUGAGAAACAGAACCACAUGGCAGCUUUCUUAGAACAAGAAAGUACAGGAUACACUUUAAUCCAAGGUACACGUGAUGAGAGUGGUGUGUACAGAUAUGAUGAUGGUACAAUAAUGACGUAUUUUAACUGGGAUGACGAGGACAAUGAGCCUGAAGAGCGCUCAGGUGAGGUCUAUAUUCUGGUUAAGAAACAAACGCAGUUUCAAUGGCACGACGCACUUCAACAUGCUCAAUACAAUAGGUCUAAUCUGGUCUGUGAAGCAUCUGUUCUGUGA